AUGCUGUCGCACGCCCCAUCUCGAAGUCCAGCCGCCCCCUUCAAACCGCGCCCCUCAUCUGCCGGCUCCCGCCUCGGCGCCAAACACCUCACGGCCACCACCGCCGCCGCCUCAACCCGCCGCAGCGUGUCCGCCUCCGCCACCUCCCGCCGCGGCUUCCUCCUCUUCGUUCCCACGCUCGCCGCCGCAUCCGCCGUCCUCCGCCCGCUCCCCUCCGCCGCCACCGAGGCCGAUGACGCCGAAACCCCGGCUCCACAUCCAUCGCCCACCGAAGAGCCCCUCUCCCCGCAGCCCACCGCGGAGGCGGCGGCGGAGGCGGAGGCGGAGACGAAGCCUGAGCCCGAUGAGUCGGCCAUGUCGAGGGUGUACGACGCGACGGUCCUCGGGGAGCCGGAGGCGUUGGCAGAGGACGCGCGGGGGCGGGUGUGGGAGAAGCUGGCGGCCGCGAGGGUGGUGUACCUUGGCGAGGCCGAGCUCCAGCCCGACCCCGACGACCGCGUGGUCGAGCUCGAGAUCGUCAGGGGCGUCGCGGGCCGCUGCGCCGACGCUGGGAGGGGCCUGGCGCUCGCGCUCGAGGCGUUCCCCUGCGACCUACAGCAGCAGCUCGACCAGUUCAUGGACGGCAGGAUUGAUGGCAGAAUCUUAAAGUUAUACACCUCGCACUGGUCACAGGAUCUAUGGCAGCAGUAUGAACCUCUUCUAAAUUACUGUCAUGAUACUGGAAUUAAGCUUAUUGCUUGUGGAACGCCACUGGAGGUGAAAAGAACUGUCCAAGCAGAUGGGAUUAGAGCUCUCAAAAAAGCAGAAAGAGAAGCAUAUGCCCCUCCAGCAGGCUCAGGAUUCAUCUCUGGUUUCAUGUUUGGCUCAGGACGGUCAUUGAUAGACAAGAUCUCAUCAAUGGAUGACUCUCUGUUUGGCCCUACCUCAUAUCUAUCAGAACAGGCAAGAGUAGUUGAUGAUUAUACCAUUUCCCAGGUUAUUACGAGAGAACUUAGUGAUGGAGAUCUUUCACGGUUGCUAAUUGUUGUGACGGGUGCAAGCCAUGUUAUGUACGGGCCACGAGGAAGUGGUGUUCCUGGGAGAAUAUCUAAAAAGGUGCCAAGGAAAGACCAACUUGUGGUACUACUUGAUCCUGAAAGACAGGUUAUAAGGAGGGAAGGUGAAGUCCCUGUUGCUGAUUUCUUAUGGUAUUCAGCGGCUAAACCUUGCACUAGAAAUUGUUUUGACCGUGCUGAAAUUGCUCGAGUGAUGAAUGCUGCUGGUAGGAGGCCUGAAGCUUUACCUCAGGAUCUUCAGAAAGGACUAGAUCUUGGUGUAGUUUCUCCUGAAAUAUUGCAGAACUUUUUUGACCUCGAGAAAUACCCUGUUAUGACAGAACUGAUUCAUCGAUUUCAAGGUUUCAGAGAAAGGUUGUUGGCAGACCCUAAAUUCCUUCAAAGAUUAGCCAUUGAAGAGGCCAUAUCAAUAUCAACCACUCUACUAGCACAGUAUGAAAGGCGGAAAGGAAGGUUCUUUGAAGAAAUUGACUAUGUCCUCACAGAUACUAUUAGAGGAUCUGUUGUUGAUUUCUUUACAGUGUGGCUUCCUGCUCCUACUAUUUCAGUCCUUCAGUAUGCUGAUGAUGGUUCUGGUCAGAGUUUGGAGUUUGUCAAAGGCCUUUUAGGAUCAUUGCCAGAUAAUGCAUUCCAAAAGAACAUCUUGGGCCAGGAUUGGAGUAUCAAGCAAAGAAUUGCAGCAGUAUUGGUUGGUGGUUUGAAACUUGCCAGUGUUGGUUUCAUUUCUAGUGUUGGGGCCGGGGUUUCCUCAGAUCUCGUCUAUGCUGCCCGAGGAAUAGUGAAACCUUCAGAAAAUGUGGAAACAGGAAGGAAGAGAGCUCCUAUAUGGAAGUCAGCAGCCGUUUAUAGUUGCUUUCUUGGAACAUCAGCAAAUUUGCGGUAUCAGAUUAUUGCUGGUCUAGUGGAGUAUCGACUAGGAGAGAGCCUGGUGACAUACUACAACCAACCUCUUAUUGCUGGUUUGUUGUCAUUUGUAGCUAGGACACUGAACUCAUACUGGGGAACACAGCAAUGGGUUGAUCUUGCGCGGUACACUGGGUUACAGAAAAGUGAGGAAAAGCCUCCUUCUGCUGAGGCCACUAUGCCACCUGAUUCAUCACACUUGGAGGGUUGUACGACUGAAGGACAUAAUUUUGAUGACAGCAGCAAUAACACCAACGAAUCGACUGGUCCGGCUGUUGCAAACGCCAAACGGUUCUCUCUAGAGCCAGAUGAUUCAGAGAGUGAGCAAGUUAUCCUCGUCAUCUUCCGGAGAAAUAUGGUGACAGUAUGUCAUAAAACAACCUCUGUCAAUCAGGUUGGUGGAGGACUUAAAGCUGCAAUGGAGGGUGGGAUCAACAGGAAAGAUUUGUUUGUAACGUCGAAGUUAUGGUGCACAGAGUUGGCUCCUGAUAAGGUUCGGCCAGCACUUCAGAAAACACUCAAGGAUUUACAGCUGGAUUACCUGGAUCUCUACCUUAUCCAUUGGCCCUUCAGACUAAAAGAUGGUGCGCACAUGCCCCCAGAAGCUGGGGAAGUGCUGGAAUUCAACAUGGAAGGAGUGUGGAGGGAAAUGGAAAGCCUUGUGAAAGAUGGGCUAGUUAAGGAUAUAGGUGUUUGCAAUUACACAGUCACCAAGCUCAACCGUCUGUUGUGGUCAGCAAAUGUUCCACCAGCAGUAUGCCAGAUGGAAAUGCACCCUGGUUGGAAGAACGACAAGAUUUUUGAGGCCUGCAAGAAGCAUGGGAUUCAUGUUACUGCUUACUCUCCACUGGGUUCUUCAGAGAAGAACCUAGCACAUGACCCCGUUGUCGAAAAGAUAGCCAACAAACUGAACCAGACCCCAGGGCAGGUGCUCAUCAAGUGGGCUCUCCAAAGGGGAACAAGCGUUAUUCCCAAAUCAACCAAGGACGAAAGGAUCAAAGAGAACAUCCAGGUUUUUGGAUGGGAGAUCCCUGAGGAGGACUUCAAGGUCUUGUGGGAGGUGAGGGCUGGCAUGACUUUUGGUUUAGCAAUAACUUAG